AUGAGGUGCUAUGCGUGCCAACAACCAGGACAGUUGGUCAGAUCUUGUCCCCAGAGGAAGCCAGGAGAGCCCAAUGUGACUUCUUCAUCUGCAUUCACCCGGAAACCACAAGUGGCUGGGAAGGUGUUUGCAUUGUCAGCUGAGGAAGCUGAGACUGCCCCUGGAGUUGUAACAGGUACAAUAUUAGUUUCCACAGUACCAACAUUUGUAUUGUUUGAUUCUGGUGCAUCUCAUUCUUUUGUGUCUUCACAUUUUGCUACGAGAAUGGGGAUAGAACCGAAAAAGUUAGCACAUAAGUUGAUGAUUAGUACACCCACUGAGUUUAUAGUGGAGUUGGAGGACGUAUAUGAACCAUGUGUGAUUCAAAUGUGUGGUCGAGAUAUGAUAGCCCAUUUGAUUUGCAUGGAUAUAAAGGAUUUUGAGGUUACACUGGGAAUGGACUGGUUGUCAGUAUACCGAGCUUGUGUACUUUGUGCAGAGAAGAAGACAGUAUUUAGACCUCGGGAUGGAGAUGAUUUUACAUUUCAAGGGCAUAGGAGAGACAAGGCCAAGAAAUUAAUAAUUUCUGCCAUACAAGUUCAGAAAUUACUAGAAGAAUGGUGUGAAGCCUAUUUAGCAUUUGUCAGGGAUACUACCAAGAAGACUGCAACAUUAGAAGAGGUAGAAAUAGUAAGAGAAUUUCCUGACAUGUUUCCUGAAGAUCUAUGUAGUGUGCCCCUGGAUAGGGAGACAGAGUUUUGUAUUGAUUUAAUACCUGGGGCAGUACCUGUAUCUCGAGCACCAUACAGAAUGGUUACUGCUGAAUUGAAGGAAUUGAAAGAGCAAUUGCAGGAUUUAUUGAAGAAGGGUUUUAUUAGACCCAGUGUAUCACCCUGGGGAGCUCCAAUCUUAUUUGUAUAG